AUGCAGUUAUUCACUAAUGUUUUAGUUUGGCAUUUUUUCGCUAUUCUCAUUGCAAAAUACGCAUCCACAUCGCCGUUCAAGGAGAGGGUGCCACUUGACGUGGAUACAUCCUGUGAACCAGUGCAUGGAAUUGGAGUUGUGCGAUCUGAGCAGUUUCCAGGAGCGAGAUACUACUACGUCAGAACCACUUUUGCAGUAAAAUACAGAAUUGGCCUCGUAGCUCAUGGAAAUCAAAUACUCCUCCCUGGAAACGACUUGGACUUUUACCGAAUCGUAUUCUACCGUCCCUGGGCGGAUGGCAGAAGAUACGUUAGAGUAGUGACGAAAACUCUCGGACCAGGAUACAGAGGAUUUAGAGUGGUCUAUGAGUUUUACAAGGGAAAGGAUGAUCAAAGAUUCAAAUAUAUAUACAGAACUUGUGUAGACCUUGAUUUGUUGGAUCAGGAAGAAAAUCACAUUAUCAAGAUAGAUGAUAUGGGCUCAGGAGCAAAGAGGUUUCACGUACAAAGUGAGAAAUGCACGGAGUUGAAGAUAUGCGUGGUCAAAUACGGCAGAUAUACGCUCGACAAGGAGAUAGAGGGAUUAAUAGACCGGAAUGUCAUAUGGGAGGGAGGAAUUCUUUACCCGACGAUAACAAUUAUAUCGCGCUAUAACAACGGAACUUGCGUCGCUACAAAGUACAAGUACGCUGGAAUUGAAGAUGGGUUCGUGUUAGUUUCCAGGCAAGAAUCUGAGAUUUUCCUGGGUCCAUCAGAUGAAAAGAUUGUUGUUAAAUGA